AUGUUCUCCCGGGCGCUGCGCAGCUCCCUAAGCUCCUCGAACCGGCUGAGCUACCGCAGCUUUGCCUCGAAGCCAAAGUGUGUCAUGCUCAAUGCUGCGCGCUUGGACUUCGAUGGCCGCAUGGAUUGGAAGAAGGUCACCGAUGUCACGGAGUUCACCAGUUACGACAUCUCUGCCACCGAGGAGAUCGUGCCACGUGCACAGAACAUGGACAUUGUGAUGAACAAGGAGUUCCCCAUCCCAGGUGACAUCAUCAGAGCUUUGCCUCCUUCUGUGAAGCUGAUUGCAGAGGCCGGAACGGGCUACAACAACAUCGACCUGGACGCCUGCCGCGAGAAGGGCAUCGCCAUUUGUAACGUGCCCGAGUACACCACGGAGGCCAUGGGAGACUAUGCUAUCACAUUGGUCAUGGCUUUGUCCUGCAGCUUGGCGCCACAGAUGAAAGCCUUGGCAAAAGGCGACCGGCGCUACAUGCAGCAGUGCCACCUGGGCCACUUGGACCACUUCGAGAUCCGGGGCAAGACCUACGGAAUCAUUGGCGGUUUAGGCUACAUCGCUUCCAACAUCUCCAAAAAGGCGCUCCAACUCGGUAUGAAGGUCAUCGUCUCAGACAUGCCAUCCACACCUCUGGGCAUGCGUGACACCGGCGUGGAGGUGGUGACCUUCGAUGAUUUGUUGCGGCAGUCGGAUUUCAUCAGCCCCAUGGUGCCGCUCAACAAGCACACCAAGGGACUUCUGAAUGCGGACUGCUUCGACAAGAUGAAGCCGACCGCCUACGUCAUCAACACGGCGCGUGGCCCCAUCGUUGACCAAGCGGCGAUUAUCGAUGCCCUGCGCAAGAAGAAGAUCGCGGGUGCCGCCCUUGAUGUCUUCGGUGAAGGCUCGGCUCCCCCGCCACCGCUCCCAGAAGACAGCCCUCUCUAUGAUGUUUUCGAUGAGUUUGAGAAUGUGAUCCUCACGCCGCACAUUGGAUGGCAGCGUGUGGAGGCUCGUCAGCGAGUUGUCGAUGGCUGCGGUGACAACAUUGCCAAGUUCGACGUCGAUCUCUUGCUCGACGUCUUGCCGCGUGACCAGAGCGGGCACGUCUCUUUGGAGGGCCUCGUGUCUUGGAUCUUCCCUUCAACUUCUGAGAGGGGAGAUGCGACGGUCCAGCAGGAGUGGCAAGAAGAAUGGAAGGUGUUCCAGCGGCAGAAACAUGAGCAUGUUGCCCGUUGCCGGGCAUUGCUGGUGCUGUCGCUGAUUUCGGAGCCCUUCCAACACUGCUGGCGGGAGGUCUUCCUGGACCUUGCCUGGUGGGCAUGGAGCUCCAUCGUGCUGGAUUCGAAACGACGCAAGUCGUUGCCAGUUCGGCAGGCCGCGUUUGAGGAGGAAGCUAUGCGACUGUCUGCUGACUCCGCUGGCUGCUGGAAUCGAGUAUCCCUGGAUGACAUUGCCGGCGCAGCGCUCCGGAACCUGAACUUGAGGGACCAGCCGGCACAGGAAAAUGCACAGAAGCAAGGCGCAGAUGCAUUGGACAUCCCACCAGGGUUUGACAGAGACCGUCUGGUGGAAGUUUUGAAGAUGAAAGAGCAGGCCAAUGAGAAGUACCGGGGGGGUGACUACUUCAGUGCAAAGUGUCUCUACUCCGGGAGCCUGGAGAUGUUAGAGCGAUGCUGCUUACACCUUACAAAGUCUGAUGAGGUUUGGGAAGGCAUCAAGAACAACAUGGCCCUUUGUGAUCUGAAACGGCGUGAGUGGGCCCGCGCUGUAGACACCACUACGGAGAUCCUUCAGAGGAACUCCAAGAACACCAAGGCCCUCUACCGGCGUGGGGUGGCCCGCAUCGGCCAAGGAAAGCUCCGCGAGGCCCGCGAAGACUUGGAGGCGGUUGUAGAGCUGGAGCCCGAGAACGCGGAUGCCCGGCAGAAGCUCGCCGAGAUCUUGCGGCAGCUCAAGGCCAACCGCACCGCCGAGAAGGACCAGGCUGACAAGAUGCGUGGCUUUUUGAGAGGAGAGCGCCUGGACGACACGGUGCCAAUCACCGAGGAUGGCGGUGUUCGAAAGCUGCACUCCAACGAGAACGCUCCCCUCUUCGCCUCGUGGAUCAAGCGGUCGUGGCUCCAAGAGAGGAGUGGCGUCGCCGGUGUCGUCACCGCCCAUGUGGUCAUGAAAACCCAAGCCGGUAAGGAGCUCCUGAACACCCGCAAGCCUCCGGGAAGCCUCUCUGCCGAGCCCGGCCCGCAGAUGGCAGCACAGCCAAAGGCUGCAGAGCGACCCGCCGAGCCGGCGCGCUGGGUCAUGGACGAUUCCUCGAAGUCUGUGUUUCAGGCCUGGAACAGUGCCGGCAAGACUUUGCAACUUUUCGAGCUUGGGAAGUUCGAAGUGGCGCGGUCUGCCCUGGGUCCAUCCGUGGAAGCUGCAAUUCGAAGCUGUCUUGACAAGUGGCUGCCCGACACACCGGAGCAGCGUGAGCUCUACAAGAAUAUGGAGGAGAUCAAGCCGACCGCCCUUCGCCGCCAGGCGAUUCAGAUCCUCGGCUUGCCUGAGGAGUUCUGCAUGGAGGAGGAGAAGGAGCCCAACAGCACUCUGAUGAUGGAGAUGGAGCUCUUGGAGUCUUCAGAGUUCACAGACCUCGAUGGGGAUGGCCGACGCCUCCUCAAUGUCAUGAAGGAAGGCAAGCAGAGCCAAAAUGCUCCGGUGGUUUCUGAGCUUUGCACCGUGCAGGCGCACUUCCGAGUAGCCAAGCUCUUGAUGAACUACGCUCUGAAAGACACCCGCUUAGGCCUUGCCAAUGGUCCUGACGGCUUGGUCUUACGUGCAGAUCGCAUGAAGGAGCCCAUGGAGUUCAUUGUCGGAGAAGAGGCAGCAGCUGCGGAGGGCGAGUUCGUGCCUCCUUGCGUCGGCGAGUGCCUGAAGCUCCCACCUCAAGGUGUCACCGAAGGGAUGCACUUCGAGGUGAUCCUCAGAGAGGGUGUCCCCAUCAGGGACAUGGAGAAGGACAUCCACAGCGCCUACAGCGACGGGAAGUACACGGGCUUGCCCGACACCAGCGGCCCGGUCUCCAUCCGCAUCGAGGUGGAGAAGGUGGCUUUGGCCUGCCAGGGCCCCACAGAUCGUGCUUGGAAGGGCCUGGAGAGCAUCCAGGCCGAGCGAAGCCGUGCAGAAGGCCUCCAGUCGAUGGAGAACGGCCGCCACAAGCUCCUGGCCCUUAAGAGGUGGAGGCGCAUCCUUGUAUGGUUCGAGGAAAUCUUCGCAAGCCGACGCUGGAAGACUCAAGAGGGCAAAGCCGGAGAUAGUAUGUAUGACCUGCAGUGGGAUGACGAGCCGGAGAAGCAGUUUGCAUUUGAUCCCAAGAAGAGGCUCCAAGAGAAGAUGCCCACAAUGCUGGACUUUGAGGACAGCCUCCUGAAGCAGCUCCUGGAAGAAAUUACGCUGAGCUGCCUGAGGGGCUGA